GCUUUGGCCUGUGGAAGCUGGCGACGGGAACACGCGGGGGCGGGGAGCAGGGAGAUUACUACGUGCUUUUUGUCGCCUGUUUUUACUCUCAGCACUUGCAAGGAUCGACAAAAUCUCGGGAAGAUUCAGGAUAACACUGCCGGAAAUCGUGGUAUCCAUAGAGACGUUAUAGGAAGUUGCGGUUGCUGAGAGGCCUUGGGCGUAUCGAUUGACUGCGCAAUGGCUAAAGUCCCAGAAAAUUAUGAAUCCGAUCCCGAAGAAGAUAUGACGCUACUGUCUGAAAGAAUUAAAUUUCGUAGUUCUCAUAAGUUGCUUACUGCUGAAUCAAACACCACGGCAGUAGUAAGCCCUGAGCUGCCCCCUGAGAUUGACCAAGAGCCAGAGGAACUAAACACUCAGGAAGGUAACUUUGAAGAGGGGAAGCCAGGGAGUGCAAAAAACGUGCUGCUAGGGACAACCAGGACGUCUGACGAAGAAAAUCCCAGUCAGACCAAUGUGGGCCUAUCUAGCAAAACUGAACCAGAGAUAAAGCAACUGUUGGAGUUAGAGACAUCAUGGGGAGCAGGAGAGGAUUUGGAGGUGCCCAUAAAUGAAAAGCAUGAGGAGCCAGACCUACAAAUACCGGCUGUUUCAGUAGAUGUACUCACAGAACUGCCUACUGAAACAAAUACACAGCUACCAACAGAAGUCAAGAUUCCAGAGGCAGUGAACAACGAGCUGGAGUUACCAGAAGAGACUGGGCAGUCACUUACAGAGAGAGAUAAAGAAAUAGGUCCAGAGCAGAGCACACCAGAUUUUCCAAGUAGAAAACCAAGAAGUUCAAUUGAAGAGGACGAUCUAUCAAAGAUGGGCAAAUCAGAGUCUACAGAGAAGACACAAGAAGAGUCAGCUGAAGAGAAAAGUACAGAGCCAUCUGAGGUGACUAAACCUGAGUUCCCAGACUGGAAGCUAAGAAAGUCUUCUAAGGAAGCAGAUCUCAAGCCUCCAGAUGAGCUUCAGGUCAAGUCGUCAGAGCAUUUAGGCACAGAGCAACCUGAACAGGUUGAGCCAAAGUUUCCAGACAAGAAACAAAGACAGUCACCUGAAGAGAAAGUUACAGAGGUCCUCGAAGAACUCAAACUGGAGCUUUCUGAGGAAGAAUCAAGAAAACCAAUGGGUGAAGCAAGUCUAGAGCUAUCAGAAAAGACAUCAUCAGAUGUUCCAGAAGAAACACGAAGAAAAACUUUUGAAGAAGAUAUUCUAGAAAUACUAGAAGAGACUGCUGCAGGCCUAGCAGAAGAGAAACAACCAGAUGUUCAAGGGGAGACACAAGGAAAGUCAAUUGUGGAGAAAGUUCUAGAGCCAUUAGAAGACAGGAAACCAACAGAUCAAAAGGAAUUGCUGAUGAGGUCAAGUGAGAAAUCUAAAUCAAAGGAAACAUUAGAAGGGUCACCUAAGGGAAAGGGUCCAGUGCUACAACAACAGACUGAACCAGAAUUUCCAAAGAAAAAACUAAGAAAAUCAACUGAAGGAAUAGGCCAAGUGCCACCACAGAUGACCAAACCAGAAGUUCAAGAGAAGUCACAGCCAGAACCAACCAAGGACAAAAAUCUACAGUUAUCGGAUAGAGACAAACCAAAAGAGAAAGAAUCUCCCAAGAAAGACAGCUUAGAAGAACCAAGGAAAUUAAAGUAUCCUGUAGGCAAAGAUGAACUAAUAUACUCUGAAAAUCGUAGAAAGUCGUCAGAAAAAGAAACUAACAAAGCUAAAACUGAGAAUGCAGUACAAUCUCCUAGAGAAAGUAUGGAAUCCUUUGGUACAUAUUAUGAAAUCCCUGAAGUCCCCAAAGAACCUCAGGCUGAUAUCAGUGAACAGCUUUUAACAAUUCCUGCUUCACAGUCUGGGGUGGAACUUAGUGUUUCAGUUAGUGACAAGCAAUUUGUAGCUUCACCCCAGGAGUUGGAGGACUUGGAAGAGAGAGAAGACAAGAUCAAUGAUAGUAUCCGCCCACAAUUUGAGCACCUACAGUGGAGUCCGGAGAAGGUUGCAGAGUGGAUCAGUGAGCUAGGCUUCCCUCAAUAUAAGGAGUGUUUUACUACAAACUUCAUCAGUGGUCCAAAACUUAUCCAUGUAAACUGCUCCAACCUGCCUCAGAUGGGAAUAACUGAUUUUGAAGACAUGAAGAAAAUAUCUCAUCAUACUCGAGAGCUUCUGGGAAUCACUGAGCCACUAUUCAGCCGCAGCAUCUGCCUUCCCUAUAGAGAUAAUAUUGGCUUAUUUUUAGAGCAAAAAGGUCAUAGUGGAUUGAAGUCUGAUUCCUUGACCUUGCCUGAAUUUGUUAAAGCAUCAGGAUUAGAGAAGUAUGGUCCAGAGAUUAAAGCCAUGGACAGAAAUGGAGACUCACUGUCAGACAGCCACCAAAAUGAAAAUGAGGCAUCGCUGCAAGUAACAGAUUUGGAUAAAAUUUACCAUCUGACUCAAAGGAAGAAGCAAUGGAGCCAGUAACUGGAAAUGAAGAACAUGAACCAGGUAACUAGUGACAUCAGUGAAAGAACAGAGGUGGCUUCGUGACAGUGGAAAUAAGCAGCCUCAGGAAGGAAGAAAAGAGCCAGAGUCUGGGAAAGUCCUGCAUAUUCAGAGCAGGAAAAAAAGAUGAGAAUGAGUGUGGGAUUGUGUCUCUGAGGUCUUCCAUUCAUUUACAUUGAAGUUGAUGAAAUAUUACAAGUAAACAGACAAGUGGCAGAAGAGCCUGAGAAACAUCUUCAUUGCAGCCUUGUUCCAAGCCAGGUGGAAAGAAUCAAGGACGUACAAACACUCAAGUCAGCAGAGCCAGGGUUAGAACAGACAGGAAAGCACAAAGGCUUAAUUAAACACUCUGGCAGAAAAGGCCACUAAGAAUUAAGCUAGGAAAAUUAAUCCUCCACCUCUGUAAGAAAUGACUGAAGAACUGACAAUAAAUAAGAAAUAUAACAGAGAAAGUACACAAAGGCCUGACAAUUGUGCUUAGUGGGUAAAAGCUUGUGCUGUGUAAGCCUGAUGAUACUAGUCAGACCCCUAUAGCCAAUAGCAGAGGGAGAGAAACAAUUCCCAAAAGUUGGGAAUUCCCAAAAGUUGAUCUCUGUAUGCAUACUGUACCUACCUACAUCACACACACACACACACACACACACACACACACACAAUCUUUUUUUAAGUGUCUCCUAAUUGGACAAGUGAUGGUUGUGAGGGGAAAGAUGUAUGUGCAGUGCUUGUCUGGGCUGCUGCCCACCUUUUCUGGAAAAUAACCCAGUUUUGGAAGCGUCUUUCAGGAAAGCUCAUGGUUCCAGAAAGAUAUGUGCCAAUCUGUUUUAAGAGAAAACAAGUUAGGUUUAAAAAAUAACAAAGAAAGUGAGCAAUGCUUUGAACAUAUUUGGGGGGAACUUCUAUAAUACAAUAUAGAAUAAUAAUAAUAAUAACCCUAGAAGCAGAUAGUGUUGAAAGGCGCACAAGCAUUUGAUCAGUAAAUGAGAAACCAAAGUGCUACCACAUGGAAACUGAUAUAAAACAUACCCAAGUCUUGUGAGCCAAAAGGCUUACCCACUUGGAAGGAAAGAAACCACAUGACUGAAGGAAAAAGUGUUUCUUCACUUACCAAGAAAUAACCAAUACAGGUUAUAUGCUAGAGGCUAUCACAUGAUAUUGCAGCCUUUAUAACUAUAAACCCAGGAAGCAUGAAUUAGAAAGUGCCAAGAAUUCUCCACAUGGUAACAGAAUAUCAGAAAUGUAUCUAGAUGAAGAAUUAAGUAUAGCAGGAUAACUUGCUGUAUCAUUGUAGUAAGCCACCAUGGAGGAAGCUAAAUUCAUCUUUUAAAAAGAGCAGAUGUCUGUCAACUUCCACCAUGGGGUGGGGAAAGAGCUCAGAAGACCUUGUUUCUCACUGAGGAUUUAUAGUCCUAUAUUAAAGAGGGGGUUCUCUGGGAGCCCCACUCCUCCCUGACGGUUCCAUGGGCAGUUAAUUUUACUGGGUGGGGGGGGGCAUUUUCUUCAGUGGUGACACCACUGAGAACCCUAACCAUAUUCAAGAAAUAGCCCCUCAUCCAUGUUCUCCUGAGUAACCUUAAUUAAACUCAUCAGUUCACUGAAAAAAAAAAAGAAAAAAAAAACCCAUUUGAUUCUUGAGUAAGCUUGAAACUGUGGCAGCACAGGUAAGCUGCUAACUUACAAAGACAAAGAAACCUCAUUCUUUAAAACAGAUACAGUCUGUUACAUACAGGUUAAUGAUAUACAAAUGGAGGGGAAAUGUUUUUCUUUAGAUAUCAGAGGAGAAAGAGAAACUGGCAGAGAUGGGCAGGACUCUUGGCAAUAAUUCCCAGACUACAAAAUGAAAUUUAAACUGGUCAACUCAUGUCUGGACUUCUCUAAAAAAUAUUAAAUACUUCUUAAUUUUUUUUAAUUUAAGUUGCUUAAAUAACUCAGGUUCCCAUCUUUGUUUGUUUGUUUGUUUGUUUUGUGACUGGCUGGAACUUUCUCUGUAGUAGUGAAAGAACUUUAAUUUCUGAUUCUUCUGCCUUCACCUCCCACACCAGGCUGCUGCUUUUCUAGUUGCACAGGCUUAGCUGUUUUCUCUUGGCCUCACUACUUUUUACAUUUUUUAAAAGUUGUAUAUGUAAUACAUGGGGGCUUGCAUGCCAUAAAAGGGUAAUUUGUGGAAUUGGCUCUCUCCUUCCCCUCUCACAUGGACUCUGGGUAACAAACUCAGGUCAUCUGGCUUGUAUGGUGGGUAGCAAUCACUGAGCCAUUGUGUGUGUGUGUUUGUGUGUGUGUGUGUGUGUGUGUGUGUAUGUGUGUGUGUGUUGUUUACGCAUAUGUGGUGUGUGUUUGUGCCUGUUAGUGGGGGACACACUUGUUUGGAGGUCAGAAGUUAAUGUCCAGUGCCUUCCCCAUCACCACCCACAUUAUUCGCAAGGCAAGGACUCCCAGAAAUCAUUGGCUUGGUUAUUCUAGGUACCCAGCCUACCCGAGGGGGGAUUUCCUGUUUGCACCUCCCCUCAGAUUACAGACACCCACCACAUCUGCCAGGCCAGCUUUACUCAGGUUCUGGUCCUCUUGCUUGCUCAGCAAGCACUUUAUCCCCUAAGCCCUCUCCUCAGCACCUUGGUCUCACUUCUUAAAAGUGCAGAAGGGCAAUGAUGUACUGAUCAAAUUAUGCACCUGAAUGUAAGUCCAUUUUCAUAUCAAUAUUUGAUGACAAAACAACUUUUCCCUCAAACUGUACUAGAAAGUUUUAUCAGAAACCUUCCUUCCUUUCCUUUCCUUUCCUUUCCUUUCCUUUCCUUUCCUUUCCUUUCCUUUCCUUUCUUUCUUUUUUUCAAGAUAGGGUUUCUUUGUGUAACUCGGGCUAUCCUGGAACUAGCUCUGUAGACGAUAGAGAUCCACCCGCCUCUGCAUCCUGAGUGCUGGGAUUAAAGACUUGCACCACCCAGCCAGAAACUGUCCUAAAAAUUAAUUAAUUAAUUAAUUAGAUGCAUUCCAGAACCACUGAAUUUACUUACUACAGGAUCACGCAAAAUAGC